AUCCACUCAUUUCUUUAUAUAAGUUACUAGGUAGCUUUAAAAAGAUUCGGGAGCAGAUUUUUGCAUGAGAAGUCAUGAACCUGAGGAAAAAAAGAAAAAAAAGAGCUUGUAACAAAUCCAAACUUCUAUCUUACAAGGCUUAAUGGAUACAAUUUACUGUUGAGCACUGAGUCAUUCUGAAAUAGAGGAAGCAGGAAAGGUAUAUAAACCUGGUACUGUCUGUCUGACUGCCACGAUUUUCUGAAAGCAACAAAGGAGUUACACUGGGGCUCAUUCAAAACAAUAGAAAUGAUUGCCUUCCUUGUCUUGCUGAGUCUUGCUGCAGUGCUGCAACAGUCUUCUGGAACUGUUGAUUUUGCUUCUGAGUCAAGUAACAAAAAUGAUUACCAAAAGGAGAUUGUUGACAAGCACAAUGAUUUAAGGAGAUCAGUGAAACCAACUGCUAGGAACAUGUUACAAAUGAAAUGGAAUUCUCGUGCUGCUCAAAAUGCAAAACGUUGGGCAAAUAGAUGUACUUUCGCUCACAGUCCACCAUACACAAGAACUGUGGGAAAACUCCGUUGUGGUGAAAAUAUAUUCAUGUCAAGUCAACCUUUUGCAUGGAGUGGAGUAGUUCAAGCUUGGUAUGAUGAAGUCAAAAAAUUUGUCUAUGGCAUUGGAGCAAAGCCACCAAGUUCUGUUACUGGCCAUUAUACCCAGGUAGUUUGGUACAAAAGUCACCUUCUUGGUUGUGCUUCUGCCAAAUGUUCUUCAACCAAAUACCUCUACGUUUGUCAAUACUGCCCAGCAGGGAACAUCGUAGGUUCAAUUGCUACUCCAUAUAAAUCAGGACCACCUUGUGGGGACUGUCCUUCGGCUUGUGACAACGGACUAUGCACAAAUCCUUGCAAACAUAACGAUGACUUAUCGAACUGCAAAACUUUAGUGAAAAAACAUAAAUGCCAGACUGAAUGGAUCAAGUCAAAAUGCCCUGCUACUUGCUUCUGCCGCACUGAAAUAAUAUAGCUGAUCUCCCAUACAGUAUUUGUUAUCUCUGCCAGAAAAAUCCAAAUUCCUAUUAAAAUCACGGCAUCUUUUAGUAUCAGCAAAUUCUUAUGUGACAUUUGAUUUCAUAUACCUUGCAUGAGGGUCUUAUGAAUGCCUAAGGGAAACGUAAGCAGGAGUACAGGCGAGGGAUGAAAACUGUAAGUUCAAAGGGCCAUAGGAACAAUCACAGGCCUGGGUAACAUCCAAAAAAUGCCACACUGUAAGCUCGAUUAAAAGCAAAUACUGAAGGCCUGAAAAUAAGAUCACCAAAAUUCUUUGUACUCCAACUAAAUCCAAUCUAGAACUUUACUAAAUCUGAUCUAGAACUGAUUUGAUGCCUUUAAUGCAAAUUAUAUGCUAGGUUUUGGUGUUUUUAGUGUUUUAAUUGGUUGUAGUUUAUAGUUUAAUAUGAUUUUAUGAUUUUUAAUUUUUGAUUGGGAGCCACCCAGAGUUGGAUGAAAGAUGGGCAGCUUUAUAAAUGUUUUAAAUAAAAAAAUAAAUUCUGUGUAAAA